GCAACCGCAUUUAUAUACUUAUCUCCGUGUAAACUCAACUAAAAGUAUUUGUUUCCCUGCCUUGCCUUCCUCGGCUUCUUCUUCCUCUUCUCUCCCCCACUGUUCUUUUCUUUCUUGUACCCGCCUCCUCUCUAUCUUUCUCUCGGUGUCUCUUUGAGUUCACAUGUCUUGCUUGAUGGGAUUAUGAGAAAGCCAUUGUUGAUGAAACCGUUGAAUGAAAAUAUAUAAUAUAUCUCUUUGGAAGAAAAACCAAGAAUCCCACUUUUAACGUCUACAUAGUCGUAUCAAUAUCUAAGUUUCAUCAACAAGUGUUUUUGCUUGGUUACAAUGAUGAGGUAUCAGAGAGUAAGCCCAGAUUGUGUUCCUUUGAGCAAUGGCAAAAAACCCAAUGGAGCCGAGAACGGAAGGUCAAUCCCCAAUGGAUUCAAUUCCACAAGUACUAAUUUUGAUACUAAAGGUCUCAGAUUUAGAUCUCCAUCGAGAAACCAAGACCACCACAAUAACAGUACAACCAGUUCUCCACAUUCAGAGAACAACCACAAUCAGACACAAAGACAUGACUCUAGUCCAGGUCCUAGCCCGAGCCGAGGUGGCAACGGUGAUGUGUUGUUGCAAUGGGGACAGAAGAAGAGAGCUAGAGUGUCAAGGUCUGAGAUCAGGGCUUUGGCUGAUGAAUCGUCAUCUUCUGGUCAAGCUAGACAACCCAUCAACAGGGUUCCUAGGAGAGUUGAUAACAAGUUCUCUCCACCCACCAUGCCACCGCCUCCACCGCCACCACCGCCACCCAAACAGUCCAUUAGUACUAGCAUCAGAGGUGGAAACUUGAAGAAAGAAAAUUCUGGGUUUCUUUCACACAGGAAUUUAGAAAAGCGAUCCGGUGCUGGAAAUGGGUCCCCGUCAAGAAAUAGUGGUGGCAGUAGCAGGGUUGUUUCUAGAUCUACUGCAGGAAAGAGAUCUCCUCCAACACCAGAAAAUAUUGAUAGAAAGAUGCCUAGCUCUAGGUCAGCGGCAAAGGAUGAGAAACCAAAUGGAUCAUUAGUACAAGCUGAUCAUCAAAUGAAUCAAGUUGAUUCCACGCGGGCUAAAUCAGAGAAGGAAGCUGGGGUUACAACUAGCAAUACUGUCUCAGUUCCAGUGGUAGCUAGUGGAGGAGAAAAGGCGAAUAACAAUGGAGUCAUCGAGUGGCCAAGGAUUUAUAUUGCUUUGUCAAGGAAGGAAAAAGAAGAUGAUUUCUUUGCAAUGAAGGGCACAAAACUACCACAACGACCCAAGAAAAGGGCUAAGAACAUUGAUAAAGCACUUCAGUAUUGUUUUCCAGGGAUGUGGCUAUCUGACUUAACAAAGAGCAGGUACGAGGUUAGAGAGAAGAAAUGUGUGAAGAAGCAAAAACGAAGAGGGCUAAAGGGGAUGGAGAGCAUGGACAGUGAUUCCGAGUAGAUGGCAGGUAGUAAAUGCUAUUCUAAUUAUGAGAGAGAUGGAGAAAAGAAGCCCUCAUCGGUCUCUCAAUGCAGCUGCCGCUGCCGCCUGUGGUUUAUUACUGUUUAUGCGUAGUGGGUAGGGCCAUCCACUGUAUUUUGAAAUUUCCCUGCCCUACUGUUGAUAAAUCCCCAUGAUUUAUUCUGGUGGGUCAAAUGCCAUGCGUCCAGCAACAACAGAUGGAUAGAGGCAAGCCAGUGAGCUUGAUGGUUUAACAAGAUGGGUCGGGCCAGUUCAACCACCGAGCCAACUCUCAUGCUGACAGAAACCAGUUUGUGGAAGACAGGAGGAUCUUUUUGCGUUUCUUUUGCGGUCAAAUUUUUGUGUUCAAUUCUUUGGUUUAUACUCUGUACAGAAUUGCUCCUGCGUUUUUCCCAGUGCCAAAUCUCAGAGCAGCUUUUCUCCUUC